CUUUUGUUGGCAACAUUCAAAAUUUUUAAGCCUAACUAAUUGUUUAUAUCUUCGAAUGUUUAUAUUUUCGAUUAGGAAAAAAAUAUGUAGUGAAGGGCGUUGUUUGUACUUGUAAUCAAGUUAGAUAAUAUAGUAAUAAGUUAUAAUGUAUAAUAAUAAUAAUAAACGUGGCAAGAAGAGGGAUGUUUUUGGUAACAUUACAAAUGCGGUCAGCGCUGUCGCGUCACGUACACAAGAAAGUGAACAAUUUCCCUUGAAUAAUCAUAUUAGUAGUGACAUGUCAGAACAUGUACGCCAAGGAGAAUUUGGAACUCAUGACACAAAUGGCAGGAGAUCUCCCUACAUGUUGAGGUCACAUCGCAGUGUCCCUGAAGGCGUGUAUACUUCAGAAGAUGCUCGUAAGAAUUGUGAAAAUUGGGUGUCGUCUCUGGAGUGUGCUGGAAAGCAGAAACUUUCUGGAGAUGAAAAUUCAGAGGAUGCCGAUGACCCUGCUGCUUUAGAUUCUGGCAAAGAGAAUGGUUCGGACAGUAGUGAAACUUCUUCGGUGAAAGGCAAAUGUUCGUUGAGGAAGUUAAGGUUGCAGAACAUGAAGCUGUCGCUUCGGUGUGAAUGGAAAAACUGUGAAUAUCUUACCUACAAUAUUGAGCAGUUCGUGCUGCAUGUAAGUCAUCACAUUCCUGAUUUAGAACUGAAGAUAAAUGAGGAACAGGAAGAAAUGUACGUCUGCCUGUGGAGUAGCUGUGGUUUCGAAACUGAUGAUCGCUGUGAAGUGAUACGCCACGUUAAUUUUCAUUCAUAUCACACAAAAAUAAAAUGCAUUGGUUCCAAAGUACUUCGCUGCUCAGAUGCGCAUCCUUGCGUGAUCAGCAGUGCAGGAAGAAACCUCAUCCCUGACCUGCCAGAAUCGUUUGCUUGCUAUUGGUCAGACUGCGAGAGAGAGUUCAACAAUCCACAGGUGUUUUUCUAUCACGUACAGUCACAUGUUCUGGCCAACCCCCGGGGCAGGUUUGUCAAAGGUGGAGUGUCAUGCAACUGGAGAGGCUGCAGAUCAAAUUUCCGUGAAGUCUACAAACUUGGUGACCAUGUUCGGACACACACUCAAGAAAAGCUUGUAGGGUGUCCCAUCUGUGGCGGUUUGUUCGCGUCCAAAACAAAGUUUUUAGACCAUUGCAGACGGCAGAUUCCAGUGGAAAUGCAGGAAUACCAGUGCUCGCACUGUUCCAAGCUGUACCCCACGGAGCGGUUGCUGCGAGACCACAUGCGCCAACACAUCAACCACUACAAGUGCUUGUACUGCGACAUGACUUGUCCCAAGCCGGCCGCCCUGGGCGUGCACAUACGCUACCGCCACCUGGACGAGAAGCCGUACUCCUGCGAGUACUGCGAGUACAGGGCAAAAACAAGCUACGAUAUGAAAAAGCACGAGGAAUCUCACCUUCUUGGAUAUUUGUAUUGCUGUGACGAAGAGGAUUGCAACUUCUCUUGUCGCAGUGCCUACACACUUCAGAAGCAUUUUCGCAAGGAGCAUGAGGGUGGCGACCCUCCUAUGUACUGCUGUGAGAUCUGUGACGAACGAUUCCACCGAGGGGCUCAUCUCACAAAGCACCUGUUCGAGAGGCAUAGCUUCCGAUGGCCAUCAGGACACUGCCGCUUCAGGUAUAAGCGUGAUGAGGAUGGCUAUUUUCGUCUACAAACUGUUCGCUACGAGAGCUUGGAAGUUACACAAGAAAUGAUGCAAAAUGAAGUAGGGAAUACGGUACUGAGCAAGAAGGAGGUGAAGAAACGCAGGUUUGCGCUGAACCAAGUGCGAACACGGAGUCAAGAUAUCCCUUCCUUUACUGUAUGUGAGGUUGAAGGUGACAGUACUGAAGACAGUGUCCCACAAGUUAAAUCAAACUUUGGACCUAGCGUGCUGAUAGCAAUUGAAGAGAUGGACGAGAGUGGAAACAUUAUAAGUUCUAAAGUUAUUGAAACGGAUAAUUCUCAAGUAGUGUUAACGGAAAAGAUGAGAGUGAUUGUUGAUGGCUCUGAAAUUACAGAGCACGUGUAAUGCUAAUAAUGUCAAAUGUCUGUGAUUAUUUACGUGUUUUAUUAAAUUAAGUAUUUCUGUUGGGUA